AUGCACGCGCACCCGGCGGGCGACAAGGCGAAGGCUGGUCCGAAAAACCAGUUCGCGCUGCACGAGGCCAACUGCACUGAGGUUGGCAACGCGUACUUUGGCUCGUACGUCGAGCACUGGCACUGCACCUUUGGCGAGUCGCCCAUGGCGCUGCUGCCGCUCGGUGUGUGGCUGGCGAUGCUGAUCGCGGCGCUGUGCAGCACGGCGGACACCUUCCUCAUCCCGCAGCUGAGCUACAUCUCCACCUACCUGCGGCUCAAGCCCGACGUCGCGGGCGUCACCCUCCUCGCGUUUGGAAACGGCGCGCCCGACGUCUUCACAGGGAUCGCCGUCGCGACGGCGCACCCCGAGGAGGUAGACUUCUCCUUGCUGCUGGCCGACCUCGUGGGCGGCUCCAUCUUCAUCAUGACGGUCGUCGUCGGCGCUGUCGUGUGGGUCGCGGCGAGCCACUCGCCCGGGUGGCGGCUGAGCCGGAUGCCGUUCUACCGCGACACGAUCUCCUUCUUCGUCGCGAUCACGCUCGUGCUCGCCGUGGCGUCGAACGGCGUGGUCCGCCCCUGGGAGGGCGUCUUUUUCCUCCUUAACUACCUCUUCUACGUCGCCCUCGUCAUCGCGAUCCGGUACUACAUACAGCCCUGCUGGCCGGAGGACACCUUCGGCGUCUACCUGCGCGGCAAGGCGCAGCCCGUCCUCCAGCGCGCGGAGCCAGCGCUGCGCGCCAUCAGCCGCCGCGCCACGCCGCUCGCGAGGGGCGCGGCAGAGCGCGCGAAGCCAAUCGCCCGGCAGGUGGAGAUGGUCCCGGAGCAGGCGCCGCCGCGCUUGGACGGCAGUGAGGCGCCGGAGCGCGGGACGCCGCACGUGGCGCCGGAGAGCGGCACCGCGCCGCUGGUGGCGAGCGGCGCGUCCGCCCUCGGGCUCGAGUGGGACGCAGGUGCAUCGCGGCUGUCAAAGGCCCUCUGGCUCCUCGAGUGGCCCCUGUCGGUGCUGCGGUGGGCAACCAUCCCGACGGAUUCGGAGUGGGACGCGCGCCGCCGCUGGACCGCCGCCACGCCGCCGCUAACCCGCGACGACGUGCCGCCGGCGUGGCAGCCGGCCCUCGUCGUGACGGGCUUUUGCUUCUCCAUCGUCUGGCUCGACCUCGUCGCUACCGAGGUGGUAGCCCUCAUCGAGACGGCGGGCUUCCUGCUCGGCAUCUCGACCUCCAUCCUCGGGCUCACCGUCAUCGCGAUCGGCAACUCGGCGGGCGACCUCGUCUCUGACAUUGCCGCCGCCAAGGGGGGCGAGGCGAAGAUGGCCGUGGCGGCCUGCUUCGGCUCGCCGCUCCUCAUGAACAUCAUCGGCGCCGGCGCGUCGCUCACGGUGCGCGCAAUCAUGACGGGCGGCGCCGACACCGAGUCGUCCGUCUCGCAAGUCUGCCGCAUCGCCUACCUCUUCCUCUACACCGCCCUCUUCUCUCACAUGGUCGUCUUUCCGCUCGGCGGCUACUCCGCCUCGCGCGGCUACGCCGUCUACCUCUUCGCGCUGUACGCGGUCUUUAUGCUGCUCGCGCUGCUUGCCGAGAGCCGGAAGCUGGGCGACUUCCUCUGCCCGGCCUCGUCGCCCUGCCCGCCGCCCGUGGAGGGAUAG